GUGGAUUAGAGGAGAAGAGGAGAGAGAUGACUGAGCGGGAGGCAGCUGUGGGAGAGACAAAGGGGAUAGUGGAAGAUACAAGUGAAGGAGUAAAUAAUUGGGAAAUCUCUGGGGUAGGAGGUUACCUGGUUGGUGACUAAUUGUUCUGUGCUUCUUCUGCUGAGGCAAGAACUAUGUCAUGGAUCAAGGAAGGAGAGCUGUCGUUUUGGGAGCGGUUCUGUGCCAACAUCAUAAAGGCAGGCCCAAUGCCCAAACACAUUGCGUUUAUAAUGGAUGGGAACCGUCGCUAUGCCAAGAAGUGCCAAGUGGAGAGGCAAGAGGGUCACUCACAGGGCUUCAACAAACUGGCUGAGACUCUGCGUUGGUGUUUGAACCUGGGCGUCCUAGAGGUGACGGUCUACGCAUUCAGCAUUGAGAACUUCAAACGCUCCAAGAGUGAGGUAGAUGGGCUAAUGGAUCUGGCCCGGCAGAAGUUCAGCCGCUUGAUGGAAGAAAAGGAGAAACUGCAGAAGCAUGGGGUAUGUAUCCGGGUCCUGGGUGAUCUGCAUUUGUUGCCCUUGGAUCUCCAGGAGCUGAUUGCACAGGCUGUGCAGGCCACCAAGAACUACAACAAGUGUUUCCUGAACGUCUGUUUUGCUUACACAUCCCGUCAUGAGAUCAGCAAUGCUGUGAGAGAGAUGGCCUGGGGAGUGGAGCAAGGCCUGCUGGAUCCCAGCGAUGUCUCUGAGACUCUGCUGGAUAAGUGCCUUUAUACCAACCACUCUCCUCAUCCUGACAUCUUGAUACGGACUUCUGGGGAAGUGAGGCUCAGUGACUUCCUCCUCUGGCAGACCUCCCACUCCUGCUUGGUGUUCCAGCCUGUUCUGUGGCCAGAAUACACGUUUUGGAACCUCUGUGAGGCCAUCCUGCAGUUCCAGAUGAACCAUAGCAUGCUUCAGCAGAAGGCCCGAGACAUGUAUGCAGAGGAUCGGAAGAGGCAGCAGCUGGAGAGGGACCAGGCUGCAGUGACAGAACAGCUGCUGCAAGAGGGGCUCCAGGCCAGUGGGGACGCCCAGCUCCGACGGACACGCUUGCACAAACUCUCAGCCAGACGAGAAGAGCGGGUCCAAGGCUUCCUGCAGGCCUUAGAACUCAAGCGGGCUGACUGGCUGGCACGUCUGGGCACUGCAUCAGCCUGAGUGAGGCUGGCCUCCUGCCACUUUGCCCUGCCCUCUGCCUCCAGGGCCCCACUCCCCUUUCUUUUCUUGGUGAAAGGUACCUCCCUCCUGAUGAUGAAUUGUGUUUCCUUUGCUUGGCAAGGGAGCCCCAGAGGCCAGGUUUGCUGGCCAUAGACAUCUUUGGGCUGCCUGGGACAGUGCCCCUGGAGAGGGUUGAGGGUGAGAGUCUCUCACAAGUACACUAAACCCAAACUCUGAUCCAGGUCAAACUGUGAUCACAAAUAGGUUCAGAGAGCAGAGGGCCCCAGCUCUUCCAUCUUUGCCACCUCUACCUGUACUCCUAGGUGCACUUUCUUUUUCCACCAGCACAUCCUUCAACACAAAGAAUUUCGGGGAAGAGUUCUCCCCAAAACCUUAGCCCUUUACCCAUCCAUCUUAGUCUUCACAAAAGAUGUGGACCCACCUUGGAUCUGCUGGUAAAUAGCUAAUAGGCAGCCAGCGUUAUUUAGGCAAGGAAGGGGAGGGAGAGACAGACAGAAAAGUUGCCCAUCUGCUGCUCCUCCCCCUUGGCUGUCCACCUGGGAUUUGCUAUUGAAUCUCUACCCCCUCCCACCACACAGUGCUGACUGCUCACUGAAAGCAGCGCCCCCAAUGGUGCGCGGAAGCCAGGCGGGUGAUUACAAUCCAAUUACCUAUUGUCGACUCAGCCCACACAAGCUUUUCUCCUCUUGCAGGGCAUGGGGCCAGGCUCCACUCCCCAGUGAGACCGGUCCCCUCCAUGGCUACAGAGUAACAGAAGACCUAUAGGCCCUGGUGAAUCUAAUCCAGCACAGGCCACCUUCCCUGGAUCACAUCAGGACCAAGAGCACAGAAACAAGCACUUCUCCCAACUGACUGCCUCCUGCCCUCAGCAUCUCGGACUCUGCUUCCCACCUCAACAGCCUUUGAGGCUUUUCUCAGCUUUUGACCUGUCCCCCUAAGUAGACCGUGAGAUGAUUUAUUCCCAGCAUGGCAGAGUCUCAGCUUGUGAGGGCCAAGGUUGCCCAGCAGGGAGAAGAGGGCCAAGUCAAGGGCCGUGUCCUUUUCCUUACCUCUCCCUGCCAGGCCUCGCUGCAGAGCUGCUGAGAGGAUUAGUGCCUUUGAAGAGCUGUCUGAGCAGCUCUGUGCUUCAGGUGCCCCAGAGCAGCAAGCACCAGCGGGUAAUACCAACCAAAGGCUACUCUGUUUAGUCUUCCCGUUUUACUUUCUGCAAACUGUUUCCCAGCACCUCCCUCUAGGGGAGAGGUAGGAUCUUGCAAGCAGUGCUAAGAGCAUAUUCUUUAAAACCUGUAACUUCCCUAUACUCCAGUCUCCUCCCCUUUCUGUGCCUGGAUACCUGGCACAAGAGACCCUUUGGGCAUCUUCCCUGCUCCCAGAAUCAAACAUAAAUGCCCGGCACUGCGAUUGAGAAGCCAAUCAAUGCACCCUUUGGCAAGUCCCCCUCACACACCUGGCACUACCCACUACCAAUCCCUGGCACGGGGUUCCCAGAGAGCAGGUGCUGUACAUUUUCCAGCUUUACAAGGGGGCUGUUGACAGCCUUAAUUAGGGAGGCAUGAAUUAUGCGGCUAUAAUGCAGAGCCCUACAAUUAAGGCGGGAAUGAGGGGCUGGAGGCAGCAAAUGGAAUCUGCCCUGUGAGCAUGGUUGUUGAGUCCUAUCUCCUUUCUGGGUCUGACUUUCCCUACUAUGAUUGGGGUACAGCAGAGGUGAUUAAUGGGGCUGGUAUCUUUGGCCUGAGGUCCUGUAUUCUGGGAAAGGUACACAGUGGGGAGGGGUGAGGAGUGGCUGCCUCUAAGGGGUGGAAAGGAGAAGAGGCGGAGGGAUCGCUGCUGCUCAGGAACAGGGGCUGCAAAUAGUUGAUAUGAACUCACAGUGAUUGCUUUCUACCGGUGUGAUUUGUACAAACCAGCUCAACCCUUGCCUCAAGAAAUUAGGUGAGACCUAUUUAAAUGUCUUCCCACCUGUGAGCCACCCCCCCCCCCCAGUUGAGGAUAUUUAUCGUGUUGCGUUCUCUCGGGUGUCAAAUAGAAUUUUUAAAAUUCUUAGAUGUAAAACUUGUUUGCGAACAGUG